CUGAAUUGGUACCAGGCUGUGGUGAAACCCACCCCCCCUCCUUUCUGAUUAAACUCGGGGGGUCUACUAGCCUGAUCAGAUAUAACCGAUAUCUUUGGCCUAACAUCUGAGAGCCAUCUGCAAAAGGUGUCACUGAACAGGAGAGGAGGAAAGUAAACAAGAAAAAGGCUGACGGGCAUCGGAGAUGGUGGUCUCCAGUUCUAAUCCCCACAACAAGGAGAUUUCCAUCAGGAAGAGGAUAGUCAGCAUAUUCAAUAAACGAGAAGAUGAUUUUCCAUCCCUGAGAGAAUACAACGAUUAUUUGGAGGAAGUGGAAGACAUGACAUUUAACUUGAUUGAAGGAAUUGAUGUCCCUGCUAUUGAAGCAAAAAUUGCACAGUACCAGGAAGAAAAUGCAGAACAAAUUAUGAUAAAUAGAGCUCGGAAGGCUGAAGAAUUGGCAGCAGCUUUGGCUGCAAGCAAGGGAAAUCAUGCUCAGAAUGAUACUGAUGGGGCUUCAAACCAAAGCUCUCAAACAGGAUAUGGUACCGGUGCCCAGGGACAAUAUGCACCUACAUUUGCUGGAGGGCAGCCGCGACCGACAGGCAUGCCCCCACAACCAAUUCCUCUUGGAGGGGGGUUUGACAUGCAAGGUUAUUCCGUUGAAGAUGAGGAAGUGAUGAAGCUCCGAGCAGAGAGAGGGGGAAGGGCAGGAGGGUGGAGUGCAGAACUUGGCAAGAAGAGGGCUCUUGAAGAAGCAUUUGGAAGCAUCUGGAUUUCUUAGGACCAUUUUUUUAGAGUCUUUUAUUUCACACAGGGUCCUCCAUGUAAGGCAACUUAUGUCAGGUUAUGACUCAGAAAUCUUAAUUACAACAAUUUUGUUUUGUUUUGUUUUUUUAUGUGCUCCCACUUUGAAUGUAAAUUACAUAUGCUAUGAGGAUAAAUUAUUUCUUGCAAUGAUAUAGAGGCUUGUGACUUGAGAUG